UUCAUUUUCAGCACAAUGCCUUUAUUUCGGCCGCGAAACUGCUUUGGUUGCGUACCUCUCUAUCAUGCCGCCAUAAUUAUAACCGUCUUUGGCAUGCUUAACAAACUAAGCGGUAUAUACGGGUUUAUAUCUAUGGAUUUCCAAGACCCUCUUGCGUUCAUUUCGUAUAUUUACUCUCUAUUCGCCAUUGCCGCUUUCGCUUAUGGUGGCUAUGCUAUUAAAUCGGACUCCAUCGUUGCUCUUCGUAGAUAUACCAUCUUUUACUGGGCAGACCUUAUUUCAAACGCUGUUUUGACUGCGUUAUUCUCUGUUCGAUGGUUUGUUUUCACCGACCACAGUCUUCCAGAGUCUGCCGAGGAUCAGAUUAGCGAAGAGGAACACGAAAAAAGUUUCGCCAUGGAAAGUGCCGUCAGUAUCGCCAUCCUUGUAACAUUAUGGCUAGUGCACGUAUACUUUGGGUUUGUUCUCACAUCAUACUACCAUUCUAUCAAAUCGAGAGGUUUGAAGGCUGUACCAGUGUCUUUCGAUCGAACAUCUGGAGGUUUUGAUGACGAAUAUGAGCUGGAUGAGGAAGCAGAGUCAACUUUUAGAGGAUAUAAGCCUGUCAACACGGAAGAUUCUAGAGCGAAUAAGCUCAACUGAGCUACCUGUCCUUCAAGUACAAUGGCACUCGUGUAAUUGACAACUUCACCUAUAUUUUGUUACAUGUACAAUGAAUACCUUGUAAACAUAUAAUGCAAUUUGUUUGCUGCGGCCUAGCACCACAACUCUUUUGCUCGCUACAAGCCAAUGCCUUCAACUUGAUCAUAUAAAUGCAUAAAAAUGUAAAUCGAAACAGGCCAACACUUAGAGUUAAGAUACAUGCAUGAAAAACCAGCUAUAUGUAACAUAAACGGCGGGCG